UUGACUUUUUUCUUUUUGUCGGUACUUUCAAUCUGAACUUGCAUAUUAUGCAAAAAUCUGCCUGGCUCAGGUAUCGGCUUAAUGAAGAGAAAGCCGAUUGGAUUAUUUAUGUGACAGAUGCUGGCCAGCGUGAGCACUUUGUUAAGUUAUUCAAAGCUGCCAGAAAAGCAGGAUGGCUUCCAACCAAUGAUACAACUUACCCUAGAGCUAGCCAUGUUGGUUUUGGUGCAGUCCUUGGAGGUGAUGGCCGGCGGUUCAAUAGUCAUUAUGCUGAAACAUUUAGCCUAGUUGGUUUGCUGGAUGUGGCCAAGUAUUACAGUAAAAGGGCCCUUAUAGAGCGUGGCAAGGACAAAGAAUGGACACCCAAGGAGCUGGACGAAACAGCUGAGGCAGUUGGAUACGGUGCGCUGAAGUUUGCUGACCUGAAGAACAACAGAUUGACAAGUUAUUCUUUCAGCUAUGAUCAAAUGCUUCGUGACAAGGGAAAAACAGCUGUUUACCUUCUUUACGCCCAUGCUCGGAUCUGCUCAAUCAUCAGAAAGUCUGGCAAAGACAUAGAUGAACUGAAAACGGCAGGAAAGCUAGUAUUUGAUCAUGCGGACGAACGGGCACUGGGGCUUCACCUGCUUCGGUUUUCCGAGACGGUUGAGGAAGCGUGCACCAAACUGUUACCGCACGUGCUGAGCGAGUACCUCUACGGCUUGUCCGAACAGUACUCCAGAUUCUACAACAAUUGUCAGGUCAUUGGUUCAAAAGAGGAGACAAGCCGUCUCCUACUUUGUGAAGCAACGACCAUAGUCAUGCGGAAAUGCUUCCACCUACUUGGAAUCACCCCUGUUUAUUAGCUUUGAUCAAGGCAAAAGCGUUUAUGUCCGUUUCGACCAAUUUUUAUUUAUGCACAAUUAGUGAGAAAGGCUUUCUUCAUCCUCAUCCCUGGAUUCUCUCAUUAAGCGUUUUGUAAAACUGAAACCCUGAAGGUUGUUCUGUGUCACGCCAAGCCACUGAACUGAUCCCGAAAGGGUUUUAAUUUCUUAUUAAUUACUAUGUUAACUUAAGAUA